AUGAAAUCAACAAUUAUCAUUUUUAUUUUGACUAGAUUAUUAAUCUUCACUACACAAGCAUUGAAUUGUAAUGAUAAUCCUUGUAAAUUGGGUGGCUAUUUUACGCAAAAUAGAGGAUAUCAAUGUUUGCAGGCGAAUACAACAGUAUUUUGUACAUGUCCAAAUGGUGAAUUGGAAAUUGAUCGACCAUGUCGUGUAUGCAAUCGAACAAAUCCUGCAAAUAAUCCAUGUAUUGCUUCUUCAACUCUUCUUGCUUGUCUCGAAACAGAUGAUUAUGGUACAACAUUUGCAUGUUUAUGCAUGGGUCCAUCAGGACCUGAAUUAACAACAUCGGCUAAUUGCGAUUUAUCAGUUACAUUAACAAGUACUGCGAUAACAAAAUCUACUAGCACUACUGUUGUUGCAUCUGUUACAUUUCCAGCCUGUUUCAAUGGAGGUUAUUUUGUUGAUAAUGAUUGCCAUUGUCCUAGUGGCUUUGGUGGAAUAUUUUGUGAACAAAAUUUCGAAUACCAAUUAUGUGAAAGAAUUGUUUGUAAAAAUAGAGGAGUUUGUGCUAUUCGAAAUUCAAAUGGACCAUAUCAUUCUGUUUGUCUUUGUCGAUAUGGUACUUCUGGUGAUUAUUGUCAAUUAAAUGGAACAUUGGGUUUUUGUACACCUAAUUUAUGUAUGAACAAUGCUCCUUGUCGAGAAAUUCUUAUUGGUUCAACACGCCGUGCAUAUUGUGAUUGUCUACCGGGUUAUAAUGGAACCGGAUGCGAGAAUCAAUAUUUUAAAUGUACCUUCAAUGGAAAAUUUCUUGAUAGUUUUAUGAAUGAUCAAGGCAAAUAUUUUGAAUGUACACAAUUAAAUGGAUCCUAUAAAUUGGAAAGAAAAUCAUGUCCAAAAGGACUUCGUUUUAAUAUAGAUAAGACUACUUGUACACUUUGUGAUUAUGAAAUUAAAAUUUCUUUAAACAGAGAUAUUUUACAAACAAAUAAUCUCAGGAUGCUUGAGUACGUUUUUUUUCUUAAAGAUGGCACAGCAAACAACAAUUCAAAAGAUGAUAAAGAAUUUGGUGGUUUUAAACGUAUCAAUAAUGAUACCCGUAAUUUUAGACAAAAUAUAAAUUUCAUUUAUGCGCCAAUUCAACAACUACCAGCGCCAGUACAGCAUCAACAGCUACCACCACCAGUACAACAUCAGCAACAAAUUCAACAAGGUGAGAUAAUUAGUACCAUUACACAAAAAUAA